GCCAGGGCGCACGCGCAUUCCGCGCUCAUCUGAGCCCCCCCCCCCCCCUUGACGCCGGUCACGCGGCGGCUCAGGAGGACCAGAGCGCGAAGUGCGCGCGCCGCCGCCGCGCGACCGGGAGGGGGGCGAGGCCGGCCCCACCGCGCGCGCCGCCGUAGCCCGAUCUUGGGCCGCACGCAGGCGCAGCGCGAUGAGGGGGCGGGACCGAAAGCGUGCGACGGCCGCCGCCCGCUCUAGCGUCAUGCGCGUGAGCCUCCGCGGCGCUCUCUCGCGGGGACAGGCCCGGCCCGGGACUUGCCGCUGAGGCCGCCCCGCACCGCCAAGAUGUACGACGCGGACGAAGAUAUGCAAUAUGAUGAAGAUGAUGAUGAAAUCACUCCAGAUUUAUGGCAAGAAGCAUGCUGGAUAGUUAUUAGCUCCUAUUUUGAUGAGAAGGGGUUGGUCCGACAACAGCUGGAUUCUUUUGAUGAGUUCAUUCAGAUGUCUGUGCAGAGAAUUGUAGAAGAUGCACCACCUAUCGAUCUACAAGCUGAAGCUCAGCAUGCCACAGGAGAAGUUGAAGAACCGCCACGAUAUCUGCUGAAGUUUGAACAAAUCUAUCUCUCCAAGCCUACGCAUUGGGAAAGAGAUGGUGCACCAUCACCCAUGAUGCCCAAUGAAGCCAGACUGAGAAAUCUUACAUAUUCUGCCCCCUUGUAUGUGGAUAUAACUAAAACAGUUAUUAAAGAAGGAGAGGACCAGUUACAGACACAGCAUCAGAAAACCUUUAUAGGAAAAAUUCCUAUCAUGCUCCGUUCAACAUACUGCCUGUUGAAUGGCUUGACUGAUCGUGAUCUUUGUGAACUGAAUGAAUGUCCUCUUGACCCUGGUGGCUAUUUCAUUAUUAAUGGAUCAGAAAAGGUUCUGAUUGCUCAAGAGAAGAUGGCUACAAACACAGUGUAUGUGUUUGCAAAGAAAGAUUCGAAAUAUGCUUACACAGGAGAAUGUAGAUCCUGUCUGGAGAAUUCCUCUCGACCAACUAGUACUAUAUGGGUUAGCAUGCUGGCCAGAGGAGGGCAGGGUGCAAAGAAGAGCGCUAUUGGUCAGCGUAUUGUAGCAACUCUGCCGUAUAUCAAACAAGAAGUGCCCAUCAUUAUUGUUUUCCGUGCAUUAGGUUUUGUAUCUGACAGAGACAUUUUAGAACACAUAAUUUAUGACUUUGAAGAUCCUGAGAUGAUGGAAAUGGUCAAGCCUUCCUUGGAUGAAGCAUUUGUCAUCCAGGAACAGAAUGUAGCAUUAAACUUCAUCGGAUCAAGAGGUGCAAAGCCUGGUGUUACCAAAGAGAAAAGAAUUAAGUAUGCAAAAGAAGUCUUACAGAAGGAAAUGCUUCCACAUGUUGGUGUCAGUGACUUUUGUGAAACCAAAAAGGCCUAUUUUCUGGGAUAUAUGGUUCAUAGAUUACUACUGGCAGCUCUGGGCAGAAGAGAACUCGAUGACAGAGAUCAUUAUGGCAACAAAAGACUUGAUCUGGCAGGGCCAUUGCUUGCAUUCUUGUUCAGAGGAAUGUUUAAGAAUUUGCUCAAAGAAGUGAGAAUAUACGCACAAAAAUUUAUUGACAGAGGGAAAGAUUUUAACUUGGAACUGGCAAUUAAAACAAGGAUUAUAUCAGAUGGUUUGAAGUACUCAUUGGCUACUGGAAACUGGGGUGAUCAGAAGAAAGCUCAUCAGGCCAGAGCAGGAGUAUCUCAGGUGUUAAACCGCUUGACCUUUGCAUCCACACUUUCCCACUUGAGACGCUUGAAUUCUCCAAUUGGUAGAGAUGGUAAACUAGCAAAGCCCAGACAGCUGCACAAUACAUUGUGGGGAAUGGUCUGUCCUGCUGAGACUCCAGAGGGCCAUGCAGUAGGACUUGUGAAGAACUUAGCCUUGAUGGCUUACAUUUCUGUGGGGUCUCAGCCAUCUCCGAUUCUGGAAUUUUUAGAAGAAUGGAGUAUGGAAAAUCUGGAAGAAAUAUCUCCAGCAGCCAUUGCAGAUGCAACCAAGAUCUUUGUUAAUGGCUGCUGGGUAGGAAUACACAAAGAUCCAGAUCAGCUGAUGAACACACUAAGAAAAUUACGUCGUCAGAUGGACAUAAUUGUAUCAGAGGUCUCUAUGAUCAGGGAUAUUAGGGAGCGAGAAAUCCGCAUCUAUACUGAUGCUGGCAGAAUCUGCAGGCCACUUUUAAUUGUGGAAAAACAAAAGCUUCUGUUGAAGAAGAGGCAUAUUGACCAACUAAAAGAACGAGAGUAUAACAACUACAGUUGGCAGGAUCUCGUGGCCAGCGGUGUAGUAGAAUACAUCGAUACGCUAGAAGAAGAGACUGUGAUGCUGGCAAUGACUCCAGAUGACUUGCAGGAGAAAGGAGUUGCAUACUGUUCAACUUACACGCAUUGUGAGAUUCACCCGUCCAUGAUCCUAGGAGUCUGUGCAUCUAUUAUUCCUUUCCCUGAUCACAACCAGUCUCCUAGGAACACAUACCAGUCUGCUAUGGGUAAACAAGCUAUGGGAGUUUAUAUUACAAACUUCCACGUUCGUAUGGAUACACUAGCCCAUGUGCUGUAUUACCCUCAAAAACCCCUUGUGACUACACGUUCUAUGGAGUACUUGCGAUUUAGAGAGUUGCCAGCAGGUAUCAACUCAAUUGUGGCCAUCGCGUCAUACACCGGUUAUAAUCAGGAAGACUCUGUCAUCAUGAACCGUUCUGCUGUCGAUAGAGGUUUUUUCAGAUCUGUUUUCUAUCGCUCAUAUAAAGAACAAGAAUCCAAGAAAGGAUUUGACCAAGAAGAAGUUUUUGAAAAACCUACACGUGAAACUUGUCAGGGUAUGAGGCAUGCCAUCUAUGACAAACUAGAUGAUGAUGGUUUGAUAGCACCUGGUGUACGUGUGUCAGGAGAUGAUGUCAUCAUUGGCAAAACGGUAACUCUUCCUGAGAAUGAAGAUGAAUUGGAAAGCACUAACAGACGAUACACAAAGAGGGACUGUAGCACUUUCCUACGAACUAGUGAGACUGGUAUUGUAGACCAGGUCAUGGUAACCCUUAACCAGGAAGGAUAUAAGUUUUGCAAAAUUAGGGUGCGCUCUGUGAGAAUCCCACAAAUUGGAGAUAAAUUUGCCAGCAGGCAUGGUCAGAAGGGUACCUGUGGUAUCCAGUACAGACAGGAGGAUAUGCCUUUCACCUGUGAAGGUAUCACACCUGACAUAAUCAUCAACCCCCAUGCCAUCCCUUCCCGUAUGACAAUUGGUCACUUGAUUGAAUGCCUUCAAGGGAAGGUAUCGGCAAACAAGGGAGAAAUUGGUGAUGCUACGCCUUUUAAUGAUGCUGUCAAUGUGCAGAAGAUUUCCAAUCUAUUAUCAGAUUAUGGCUAUCAUCUGAGAGGAAAUGAGGUUCUCUACAAUGGCUUCACUGGACGCAAAAUCACAUCACAAAUCUUCAUUGGUCCUACUUACUAUCAGAGGUUGAAACAUAUGGUAGAUGACAAAAUUCAUUCUCGUGCAAGAGGGCCAAUUCAGAUUCUUAACAGGCAACCAAUGGAAGGUAGAUCUCGCGAUGGUGGCCUUCGUUUUGGAGAAAUGGAGCGAGACUGUCAGAUUGCUCAUGGAGCAGCUCAGUUUUUGAGAGAGCGAUUGUUUGAGGCUUCAGACCCAUACCAAGUUCAUGUUUGCAAUCUUUGUGGAAUAAUGGCAAUAGCUAACACAAGGACACACACGUACGAGUGCAGGGGGUGCCGUAAUAAAACACAGAUUUCCUUGGUGCGAAUGCCAUAUGCCUGUAAACUCCUCUUUCAAGAGCUCAUGUCCAUGAGUAUUGCACCUCGUAUGAUGAGUAUUUAGCCUUUAAAAGGCUGUGCUUUAGUUCUGACUAGACGUAUAUACUUGCUCUGUUUCUAGUGUACCAUUUUAAAAAGAUUUUGAAUGCAGAAUGUUACAUAUGUCAUUUACAUCAGGUUAUGUUUUGUGUAUGAAUGCUUUGUUUAAUGAUCUUGAGCUUACUUUUUGUAAAUAGAAAUAAAGAUUUGUAGUCA